AUGAUCAUCACCUACUUCAUUUUCCUCUCUCUCUUCUCAUCUUGUCUCUCCCACAAUACUACUCUAAACGAAAACCACUCCCUUAGAGAUGAUAGCCGCAGCACCCUAAUCUCUCCCGGCGGCAGCUUCGAGCUCGGAUUCUUCAGCCCCGGCAGGUCCAGACAUCGUUACGUCGGAAUUUGGUACAAGAACAUUUCCGCCGGAACCGUUGUUUGGGUUGCCAACAGAGACAGACCUGUCUCCGAUAAAGCCGGAAUCCUCACAUUCAAUUCCGCCGGCUUUCUCACACUCCACAAUUCAAAUGGGUCCGUCUUCUGGUCAUCGGACCCACCUCUGCCAUCUACCAAUCCAUCAGUGCUCCAGCUUCUGGACACAGGAAAUCUCGUCAUUAGUGAUUCUGUCACCAAGGAUUUGCUCUGGCAGAGUUUUGAUCACCCUGGGGAUACAUUCUUACCGGGAAUGAAGUACGGCGCAAAUUUGUCUUCAGGAUUGAAUCGGUAUCUUACCUCCUGGAAAUCCUACGACGAUCCAUCUGCAGGGGAUUACACAAAUCGCCUUGACAUUGCCGGGUUUCCACAAAUGUUCCUCAAAAAGGGAUCGCAGAUCCAGUUCCGGGCCGGUCCUUGGAAUGGGCUUAAAUUCAGCGGGAUGCCGAGCUUGAAUUUAAAUGCGAUUUACACAUACGAAUUCGUCUUCAAUAAAGAAGAAAUCUAUUAUGAAUACGAAUUGAUCAACUCUGCCGUGAUCACCAGAAUGAUUCUCAAUCCAUUAGGAAUCCUCCAGAGAUAUGUAUGGAUUGCUAAGGAAAAGGCCUGGGUAAUAUAUCUGACGGCCCAGAUGGACAAUUGCGACCGAUUCGCACUUUGUGGACCCUAUGGGAUCUGCACCAUCGACGAUUCUCCUCCGUGUGGGUGUUUGCCGGGAUUCAAACCAAAAUCACAGACGGAGUGGGACGGAGCUGAUUGGACCCACGGAUGCGUUCGUAAAACAGAGUUGCUGGAGAAUGAUGGAUUCUUGAGAUACUCGAACGUGAAAUUGCCCGAUACGAGAGAGUCAUGGUUCGAUCAAACCAUGAAUUUAGAUGAUUGCCAAGAUUUAUGCUUGAAGAAUCGCUCUUGCACGGCUUAUGCUAAUACCGAUGUCAGAAAUGGAGGAAGUGGUUGCCUUUUGUGGUUCCACGAUUUGAUUGAUAUACGGCAGUAUCAGGUCGGCAACGGCCAAGAUAUCUAUCUCAAAUUGGCUCAAUCCGAACUGGUGAACCUGGGAGAAAUAAAUAAUACAAACAAAAGAGAAAGGAAAAAGAGAACGAUGAAGAUCAUACUCAUCCCAGCAGCAGUCAUCAUUGUCAUAGCUAUGUAUGUGAUCUUUUUCUGGACUAUGAGAAAAGCCACAAUAGUAAGAGAGACUAAUAGCAUCUCCACUCAUAUGGAAGAGUGUGAGCUUCCCCAGUUUGAAUUUUCAGAAAUAGUCACUGCCACUGAUAACUUCUCCCCUAUCAACAUGCUUGGACAAGGUGGUUUUGGACAUGUCUACAAGGGAUUACUGCCUGACAAUCAAGAGAUAGCUGUGAAGAGGUUGUCUAAGAAAUCGAGACAAGGAUUCGACGAGUUCAGGAAUGAGCUCUUGUGUAUCGCGAAACUUCAACAUCGAAACCUGGUGAAGCUCCUCGGUUGUUGCAUUCACCAAGAGGAGCAGUUGUUGAUUUAUGAAUACCUAUCCAACCAUAGCUUGGACUACUUCAUCUUCGAUGAGAUUAAAAGCGCCACUGUGGACUGGCCUAAGCGCUACAAUAUUAUAAAUGGAAUUGCUAGAGGACUCCUCUAUCUUCAUCAAGAUUCUCGGUUAAGAAUAAUCCACAGAGAUCUUAAAGCUAGUAACAUAUUGCUGGACUCCGAUAUGAACCCGAAAAUAUCAGACUUUGGCAUGGCCAGAAUUUGCAGUGGCAACGAAACCACACUCAACACAACCAGAGUCGUUGGAACUUUUGGAUACAUGGCCCCUGAAUAUGCCAUUGAUGGGACAUUUUCACAAAAGUCGGAUGUGUUUAGCUUUGGUGUGGUGACUUUGGAGAUCAUCUGUGGAAGGAAGAACCGUGGCUUCUCUCAUCCAGACCACGACCUAAACCUUCUAGGACAUGCUUGGAAAUAUUUAGACGAAGGAAGGGAGUCGGAACUGAGUGAGCCGGUGUUGGAAGCAACAUUGAACCCGAGGGAGGUGUUGAGGUGCAUUCAAAUUGGGUUGCUUUGUGUGCAACAAUACCCGGAGGACAGGCCUUCAAUGUCAUCGGUGGUGCUGAUGCUGUGCAGCGACAUACCAUUGCCUCAGCCUAAAAAGCCCGGAUACUUUGCAGAAAGGAGAGUUGGAUUCGGGGAAUCUUCUAGCAAUGGUGGUCAGGGUGUCAAUGAUAGUCAGGAUAUUUUCGCCUCAAACAACCAUUUGACUGUGUCAAUAGUAACCUCAAGAUAGAAAACAUGCUCAAGGACUUGUGUUGUUUUUUAGAAACAUUUAUUUUCUCAAAAAAAAAAAACAUCCAUAGAUAGAAACUUUUUUUUUGGAAAAAUAAC